AUGUAUAAAUCGCGUGAAGAUUAUAUGCUUGAAAUGGGAAAAAAAAAUACAUAUGGUACCGCUUGUGAAAUUCGGGCUGUAGUAAGAAUAUAUAAAUGUCAAGUAGAAUUAUAUAGAAGUGAAAACGCACAUCCGUAUGAAAUAUAUGGAAAUAAUCCCGACUUAGUAAUACGUUUGUUUAGUACGGUAAAGUGGAAUGGCCCACAUUAUGAUGUCUGUGAACCGGAAGACACUCAACAAACAGACACAGAUGAAGAUGAACUUGAGGAAGGUUUUAAUAACCUACAAAAAGAAACUAAAAAUACGAAUUCACAAGCUAACAGCAAUACCCUAAGCUUCACAAUACAAAGUGGAAAUUCUGAAAAUGAUGAUAAUUGUGAAUCACUUUAUGAAUAUGAAGAUAAUUUAUCUUUUGUAUCUAUGGAAGUGCAUCCGGAAGACAAUAGGCGCAUUGAAAAUAUUAAAAAGAGCAACAAGAGCCAAUCCAAAUUUUCCAAUAAUAUCAUAAAUUUAAAAGUGGAAGAUAGAUAUAUUCCACAUAUCAAGAUUAAUAUACCUCGAGAUGGAAGCUGCUUGUUUCAUUCGAUUUCGUAUGGUAUUUAUGGAGAAAGAGAAUAUUUAAAUUAUACCCAAAUUGUACGUAAAGAAGUUGUACGAUAUAUUGCAGGUAAGUGGGAUAAAUAUCAAAACUUUACGUGUAAUCAAUUUGGUGAUCCUUAUUCAACCAAACAAGAAUAUGUUCAAGAAAUGUUAAAACAUGGUACUUAUGGUUCACUUUUCGAGGUUAAAAUCGCUGCUUUGCUUUAUAAACAGCACAUCGAAGUUUAUUUGAACGAACACAACGUGCAACCAUUUGGAGAAAAAACAAAUCCUCUUACAAGAAUAUAUUUUUCGGGAGAAAAUAUUUUGUCUGGCCAUUUUGAUGUUUGUGAGCCUUUAAAUUGUGACACAAAUUCAAAUGAUACAGAAAAUGAAGAAGGAUUGAACGAAACGAAUCAAUUAAGAAACAGUAAAUUAAGUCAAGCGGAAAUUUCCAAGAAUAUUAUAAAUUUAAUGGUAGAAGAUAAAUACGUCCCACAUACAAGAAUUAUUAUGCCCGGUGAUGGAAAUUGCUUGUUUAACGCACUUUCAUAUAAACUUUAUGGAAAAACAAAGUAUUUAGAAUACACUCAAAUUAUCCGUAAUAAUGUUGUAGAAUACAUUUCAGAUAACUGGGAUGAAUUCAAUUACGCAACGUGUAAUGAAAAUGGCAAUCCUUAUGCAACCAAAGAAGAAUACGCCACAGCUAUGUCUAAAUCAGGGACAUUUGGUUCAAUUAUCGAAAUUAAAAUAGCUGCUUUGUAUUAUCACCGUCGAAUUGAAGUUUAUUGGACCCAGAACCAAGUGUACCAAUUUGGAAAAAACACCGAUCCUCUUAUACGGAUAUAUUUUUCGGGAGAAAAUCCUCUCUUCGGUCAUUUCGAUGUUUGUGAACCACUAAACUGUGACAGUAGUUUAAGUAACGAAGAUUGUACAAUAGAAACUAAUGAAGUUGAUUUAGAAAAAAAUAAACGUGGUCGACCAAAAAAAACUAAACGUGGUCGACCAAACUUAUCAGGAAAAUCUUUGAACGAAUUACGUGUUGAUGCCAAUCGACGAUAUCGUCUUGAAAAAUAUCGUUACUUACCGGUUAACUCAAAUACAUUCACAAAAUUUCAAUCGUUACUUGGCCAAAGUUUACAUCGUUCUACACAAGAACCAUAUUGUGCAGAAACAUCUUAUAAACCAUUAGAGCAUGAUAAAACGAUCAUUAUAAACGAUGGUGGAAAAGCUUCUCUUCUAUAUAAUUUUCCACAGGAUAGCAUAAAUAUUAUUGAAGAGAAUAAGUGCUGUUGCAAUUCAAACAUUUGUUUACUUACUGAAAAUAAAUUUAAAAUAUUAAAAUCGAGAUUUAUGGAUAUGUCAAAUUGGUGUUCCAAAACCAUACUCAAUUUUAUAUCAGAAAACGAAGAAUCAUUUGACAAUAAUAUUGUGUUCUUUAAUAGUCUAAAGGCACAUUUUCCUAAAAUGCGAACUUUGGUACGACAGUUAUAUCAAAUGAAAGCCAAUUAUAAAAAAAUACGUGAAAUUGAUAGUGCUUUAGACAUUGUUGAUGAAGACAAACUUUUAGUGUUCGGGAACCCGGAAAAUUUCCAAAUAAAUAAGCAGGUAUGCUUAGUAGAUUUUGAUGAUAUAACAUCUGACAUGAACUUACCAGAGGAUGAAAUAUUCAAGAAAUAUAAUAACUCAUUCAGUGACAUGACGAAAAAAUGUCUCGAUACACCUAAAAAUGAAUGUAUAUCUUGCCAAAAACUAUUUUGCUUAGCGCAGUUGAGAAAAUUAUCUGCACUUCGUAAACCUAUAGAAAGUAAUGUCUGGGAACGCUUAAAACGAUUUAUUGAAGAAAAAAAAAUUACAAGUAGUAAUUUUAUUUGUCGAUUAUGUUUAGAUUACAUACGAAAAAAUAUCUUACCUGCAAAUUGUAUUCUUAAUGAUCUUUAUGUUGGAGAAAUUCCAAACGAAUUGAAAAAAUUGAAUGAAUAUGAAAAAAUAUUAAUUCAACGAGCCAAAGCUUUUCAAAUGGUAACCACCAUGACUCCAGUAUCAAAAAGAAAUAUUCCUAACAGGCAUAGUAUAAAAAAAAUUAUUGGUAGAACAUUUCACUUACCAUUGCCAUUAGAAGCAACAUUACAAAAAUUACCGAAACCGGAAGAACCUUUAAAUACAAAUCAAGACAUGUAUAUUAUAGUGCGUGGCUGCCCAACCAAAAAGAAAAUCAUCUGGGAAGAUUUGGUGGAUGUGGAAAAGCUUUAUCAAGCAUUAACAUUUUUAAAAAAUAAUAAUCAACAUAAUUAUGAAUAUGAACACUACACAAUAUAUCCGUUACACGAGAGACGAAAAAAUAGUUCAAUAACAGCUUUAUAUCAAAUGUUGAAAGUAAAUGCUUCAACUUUAGAUCAUUGUGAUAAAGAAAUUGAUGUGAAAUGUUUUCCAGAUCUUUAUUAUGAAGGUAAAUUUGGUCAAUUUCAUCCUAGAGAAAAAAAGAUAACUUCAGCUGAAUUCAUCAAAUCGCGACUUAUGUCUUGCCAUUCGCAAUUUAGACAUAAUUAUCAAUAUAUUUUUUAUUUAUUAAACGAUGCGAAUUUAAGACAAUUAAGUUCAGGUAUAUAUUAUAAUUUAAAUAUAACUAAAAAAAAUGAAAAACUCACAAAAGAAACGUAUCUCGAUUUACUACAAAAGGAUGAAUUGGAAGGAGAUUUAAGUGCAUUAUUCAGUCGUUUACGAAACACUGAACAAUUUUGGCGAAAACCAAGAAAUGAUGUGGUGUGUAUGUCAAAAUAUUACGGACCACCUACUUGGUUCUUAACAGUUAGUCCAUCAGAAUGGAAUUGGUGUGAUCUCGAACAAUAUCUUAGAGACAUUAAUAGUCCUGAAAUGGCAAACAAACGUAUUGGUGAAUUAAUUGCAAAAGAUCCCGUAUCAACUUGUAGAUUUAUUGAUAUUAAAUUUAGGGCCUUUUUAGAUUUUCUUAAUUCACCUGAAGAACCUCUAGGCAAAAUAGAACAUUAUUUCUGGCGGCGUGAAUAUCAGUCAAGAGGUUUGCAACAUUUCCAUAUAUUACUUUGGGUAAAAGAUGCACCUGUACUUGAAAAAUCUUCUACGCAAGAGGUAGCUGACUUCAUAUCGAAAUAUAUAACAUGUGCUAUUCCAAACAAAACUACUUCACCAACUUUAUAUGAACGAGUCAUGAACUAUCAAGUACAUAAACAUAACAGUUACUGUUUAAGAAAUAAAAAAAGGAAGCAUAAUCAAGAAAUAGAAGAAAAAACUAAGCCAAAUAAAAACAAAUCCGACUUUUUCGCUAUUUGCAGAUUUGGAUUCCCUCGUGCAGUAACAGAUUUUAUUCAAAUUAAUGGAGUGACUGAGGCUGUAGCAGCAAGAAAAACUUUAUCAAAUAAAAGAUUAUAUAAUAUACAGAGAAAACAGGAAUCCAUUUAUAUUAACGAUUACAAUCCAGUUGUAAUGUUAGCAUGGAACGGAAAUAUUGAUUUACAAUAUAUUGGUGAAAAAACGGGACUUUUGAAUUUCUACAUUACCAAAUAUACAACAAAAGGAGAGAAAAGUCAUAUUGUUGAUACUUUUGAAUUAUUGAAUUCUACAAAAACAUUGAGAAGUCGAUUGUUUAACGUGGGCCUUCGUGCUCUUAGUAACAGAGAAUGUGGACUUUUAGAAGCAAGCGAUACGCUUCUUGGCAUAUCUCUUUAUGGAACGGAUCCUAAUACCACAAUUAGAUGGUUAGAUGUAAAUAUGAAUCGUAAUCGUAGAUUAAAACCGAAAAAACAAAUAGAACAACUAGAUCCAAAUUCAUCAGAUUUAUUUUAUGAAUCAUGGGUUGACGAUUAUUAUCCAAAUAGGCCCUUAGAAUUAGAAAAUAUACAUUUGUAUGAUUUCUUACGAUGGUAUGACAUAAAAAGUAAUGUACCUAAGUUGAAUGAAAAUCAACAUUAUUAUAUAUUGUUGAACAACAAAUUUUUAAUUAAAAGGCAACGACCAUAUCUUAUCAAUCAUUAUAAUAUUGACAUUAAUAAAUAUCCAGAAAAUUAUUACUUUUCAAUAUUACUUAUGUUUAUGCCUUGGCGAAAUCUUUCGCAACUAAAGGCAGGGCAAAAGUCAUAUACAGAAGCAUUUUAUUUAUUAAAAGACAAAAUAAAAGAUGGAGUUAUUUAUGGGCAGCAACAAAAAGAAUAUUUAGAUAAUUGGAAUAAAGCAAAUGAAAUGAUUGACGCAAAAAUAUCAGAAAUUAGAAAUAAUAUAAAUAACGACGAUCAUGACGAUGAUAAUGAUAUUGAAAAUCCAUUAGAAUUUCAACCAGUAGAGGCGAUUAAUGCAAUGGAUGACUUUAGAAGAGUUGUAACUAUAUCAGAUGAUGAAAUGAAUAAAAUGAUCGACAAUUUAAAUGCAGACCAAAAACGAGUAUUUCAUAAAAUUCAAGAUACCUUAAAUACAGAAAACGAAAUAUUAAGAUUUUUCGUAAGUGGAACUGGUGGUACUGGGAAAAGUUAUCUCAUUAAUACAAUAAAACAUUGGCUACCCCCAGUCAGAGAAAAUUCACCAUUCGAAAAUAUAUCGCAAAAAGAAAUUGAUAAAUUUUUAGGCUCCCUUACUGCUUUUAAUUUAUGGAGAGAAUUAUUCAAAUAUGAAGAGCUAUGUAUCAAUAUGCGCCAGCAAAAUGAUUCUAACUUUAUGGAUAUGCUAGGACGUAUACGAUUAGGAGUUUUAACUAGAGAAGAUCAAGAAUUGUUGUCUACAAGAUUACUUAAAUUUAACUCAGCUUCAAUUGUUGACAGGCUACAAGAGUUAACUGUUCAUUAUUCCUUAUUAUCAAACAAAACAGUUUGUUUACUACCAACCAAAAAUAUGUGCACUCAAUUAAAUGAGGCCAUGUUAAAACAAAUUAAAGAACCGGAAAUUGAACUAAUUGCAGUUGAUGAAAUAGACUGUCCAAAAUAUUUUCAUAAAAAAGUGUGUGCAGCAAUAGAAAAUUAUGAAGAUGAUUCUUCAAUGACAGCCGGCUUAGAAAGGAAAAUAAUAAUAAAAUUGGGAAGUCGUAUAAUGCUACGAAGAAAUAUCGAUAUUACAUUAGGCUUAGUUAAUGGUUCAAUUGAAUACGAUUUAGAACGAGUUAAAACUAAAUUUGAAAUUUUGCCUCGAUCAUUUGUAUACAGAGAACAGUUUCCAAUAUGUUUGGCAUACGCUAUUACAAUUCAUAAAAGUCAAGGCUUAAGUCUUGAUAGUGCAUUAUUAGAUAUUGGAUCGUGUAUAUUUUCUUGUGGCCAAGCAUAUGUGGCAUUAUCAAGAGUUAAAAAUUUCUCUGGCGUCCAUCUAAUUAAUUUUGAUCCAAGUCAAAUAAAAGCUCAAGAAAGUGCAAUAAUGAGUUAG